AUGGAUCUAGAGGCAAAAAAACUAAAAAACAAGAAGCAACAGGCUGCGUCUACGAAUGCGCCAAAGCAACGACCAUCGAAGGCUGCGUCGCAAGAUGCGCCAAAACGACCAACAAUCAAGGUCGCGUCAUUUGAUGCACCAGGACACUCUACCGGAGAUGCGCCGAGCAAGGCUGCGUCCGAAGAACCGAAGAGGAAGGGUACCGAACAGGAUGCGCUACCCCAGGCUGCGUCCAGUGACGUACCAUCCACGUCAUCCAAGGAUGCGCCGUGCAAGGCUGCGUCGCAGGAGAUGAUGAGGAAGGCUACCGAUCGGUAUGCGCCAACCAAGGCUGCGUCCCGUGGAGUACCAACCACAUCAUCCAAAGAUGCGCUGGAAGAGGCAGCGUCAGGGGACACGCCGAAAAAGGUGACUGAGCGGAAUGCGCCAACUCAGGCUGCGUUCCGUAAAGUACCAGCAGCGUCGACCAAAGAUGCGCCAAGAAAGGCAGCUCCCACUUCUCUGCCGAAGAUAGUCGCCGCACCAGGGGAACCAAAGAAGGGUUCACUCCACGAUGCGCCUAAUAAGGCUGCGUCAACGAGUGAGCCAUCCGAGGUGAACCUGGCGGCACUGUUCAAGGUGGAAUCGGAGGAGAUGUCUGUUUCAGCGGCAUCAGGGACCGAAUCGGACAACCAGGCUAUGGACUUGACGUCACUGAAAGACGCGAUCCAAUCACCAUCAAAGCCGAAACAACCAGGGAACACCUUAAUAAAACCCAAAUCGGCCUCCAAGAAGCGGCGCAUGAAAGCCAGAGCCAAGGCAGCGGCACAACGCGCAGAAGCGGUAGAUGCUGCGAGGCAUCAACUCGGGUCCUGCCCAGCGACGACCAAACCUAAAGGGGAGGCGUCAACGAGUGGACCCAGUGCACCUGCAACUGGGACGAGGGCCGUUCUGGCUGCUGGCACACAAAAGCGCAGCAUGAAACCGCGAGGCCGUAAGAAACCCAGGACCAACGACCCAAAAAACGAGGCAAGACCGCAAAAGCGUACACGUCCAGAAGACACCGUCACACCAACCGGGGAAGCACCUGGCCAGCACGUGCCCACUUUCGAGGCACCGGAAGCACCGGAGUGGCUUCUGCCGCAGCAGCUCCACAGCAGCCGAGACCCAGCCGAUCCGGAUCCGCCCUGCCGUCGUGACCUUCACCGCGGCCAAUGGGGCCCGCACCCAGCAGACGUCCCGGAACUUCGACGCGAGCGCGUCGGCCUGGUCUCUCCCGUCUGGGACCCUGGGAUCUCUAGGAUCCGGGCCCCAGUGGCCGCGGUCUUAAACCGCAGACUGUUUAUGCCCAAGGAGGCGAGGUCAAUCUUGUCCUUCGCCUCCUUGAGGACCUUUGAAUAG